GGGAACACAGAGAGCUCAGGCGUCCAUGGCUGUUAUACCCUGCUGGGGCGCGUACAUCCAGCUUCCAUAGCUCCUGCGCUCCUCCACACAGCGAUGCGCAGUAGGCGGGACAAGUUGGGGAGAAAAACGCCGCUGGGGGUGAAUUCAUAACGGGAUAUUUAACAGUCUUCAUGGGGUGUCUUUCUGCGUCCUACUAGCUGCAUUCCGUCGCAUAUGUCCGAGGCUGGACCCCGCCGGUGUUUGGCUGAAACAAAUGCGCAGACGCGUCGUUUUAGUCCUGUAACCGACAGCCCCUUUGCGCUCCUUGAGUCUCUCUCCUCAUCUUCCUCCUCCUCCUCUCUCUCCUCGUCUCUCCUCUUGACUACAUCUCCUGCUGGAUGAUUUCAUUUUGUAAAGUCAUUAUCCCCCAGAAAGGUCAAAGCCUCUGCUUCCAGGAACUGAAUUACACUGGGAUAAGACGACUUUUCACCCCCCAAGCGAAAGUCAAAGUUUCUCGCCAGUGCGACGGAUUGCUCCGGAGCAGCCUUCAGCACCGAUCACUGUUCCCUCUGCUCAGAUCCCUGAGUGUGUACUAGUGUUUUUUGGAGUGCUGUUUUUUGCCUCUCUCCGCGGAGUUGCUGUUGAAUCCUCAUAAACUGUGACAUGAGUUUACAAUAUCGGCAGUUGAGAUCCACCGAGAUUCAGCAAGAUAAUGGGAAAUACUGAGUUCAACUUUACCUGCUGUUCCAAACCGCGGUGUUCGGGGGGCGUUGAGGUGAUGCAGGUCCCCCGGUCAUCCCAGUGGAGGAGCCAACUAACGACAAGUGGCUUUGGCUGCUGAACCCCGGCCCUCCUCCCCUCCACCAUCACCACCCUCACCACCCUCACCCCUCCUUCGCUCCCUCCCUCUCUGAUGGCUCUAUGGGGCGUCCUCAGCCUGAGCCUUCACUGCUGGGUGUGUUUACGGUCUUCAGUAACAGCAGCAGGAGCGACAGCCAGCCUCACCAAUGACAAGCCCGGGGGCCCCCUGGACUGGCUCCUGUCUGAUAAAGGGCCUUUCCACCACUCCCCGGAGUACAUUGACUUUGUGGAGAAGAACCGGCAAGGCUUCUCCACCAGAUACAAGAUAUACAGGGAGUUUGGGAGAUGGAAGGUGAACAAUUUGGCAGUGGAGAGGAGAGAUUUCUUGGAGUCUUCGUUACCUCUGACUCCUGAAUUUAUCCGGAACAUUCGACUUUUAGGCCGCAGGCCCACCACCCAGAUGAUCACUGACAACCUGAUCAGGAAGUAUGGGACUCACUUCCUGUUGUCAGCUACACUGGGAGGAGAAGAGGCCUUAACGAUAUUUGUGGACAAGAGGAAACUGAGUAAGAAAGCAGAGGUGAGCGAUUAUUCCGGAAACUCGUCCACUGUGACUCUGGAGGCUCUGCACCAGCUGGCUGCCUCCUACUUCAUCGACAGGGAGAGCACUCUGCGCAAGCUGCACCACAUCCAGAUCGCCUCAACUGCCAUCAAGGUGACGGAGACCCGCACAGGUCCUCUUGGAUGCAGUAACUAUGAUAACCUUGACUCUGUUAGCUCUGUGCUGGUUCAGAGUCCUGAAAAUAAAGUCCAGUUGCAAGGCCUGCAGGUGAUCCUCCCUGACUACUUGAGAGAAGGUUUUGUGAAGGCUGCUCUCAGCUACAUAGCCUGUAACGGCGAGGGGGAAUUUGUAUGCAGGGACAAUGACUGCUGGUGCUAUUGUGACCCCAAGUUCCCAGAAUGCAACUGUCCCUAUUUGGACAUCCAAGCCAUGGAAAAGAGCCUGGAAAGGAUCACAGAGACAUGGGGGAUACUCUAUAAAGAGUUUGAGGAGUCAGGUAAGAAAGAUGAAUUCAAGGCGUUCUACUCAAGGCUUCCGCAGAACUAUUUCCUGAAUGUGUCAGGCAUACAACACUUGUGGGCGUUGGACAACUUGUUCCAGUGGCGUUAUGAGCAGCUGGAGAACAGCAUGCGAGUCCUCUCCAGUAGAACCCAGAGAGUCAUCUUCAAGCUCUUCAGUCUCAGUAAAAGAUGUCAGCGCCAGCCCCAAGUCCGCCUACCGAGAGAACGGUCUCAGUCAUACUGGCUGAGUCAUAUACAGUCCCUCCUGUAUUGCUCAGAGAACAACCAGCUUGGUGCUUUCUCUGAGGAGCUCCACAGCUGUAGCUGCCGAUACGAACACAGCCCCUGUCAGCUGCCCCCGCCAUGCUCCGUUGGGGAAGGCUCGGCCUGUGCUGCCUGUGCACCAGACAACCACACACGCUGUGGGAGCUGCAACCCCGGCUUCGCCCUGACGCAGGGGGCCUGCAGGUCCAUGGUGGCUGACUCUACGGAGAACUACCUGGGAUUUGAGACGGACCUCCAGGAUUUGGAGCUGGGCUACCUACUGCAGAGAGCUGACCGCAGGCUAGAGGUCCAUGCGAUCUUCAUCAGCAAUGACAUGCGACUGAACAGCUGGUUUGACCCAUCAUGGAGAAAGAGGAUGCUGCUGACGCUGAAGAGCAACAAGUACAAGUCCAACAUGGUCCACAUGCUGCUGGGAGUAUCCCUCCAGAUCUGCCUUACAAAGAACAGUACCCUGGAGCCUGUCCUCACCCUCUACAUCAACCCCUUCGGAGGGAGCCACUCAGAGAGCUGGUACAUUCCUGUCAAUGAGAACAAUUUUCCAGACUGGCAGGCCACCAAGUUGGACCUGCCUUUCGAGUGCUAUAACUGGACUCUGACGCUGGGCAACAAGUGGAAGACAUUCUUUGAAACCAUUCAUAUCUACCUUCGGAGCAGGAUAAAGACUCAAACUGGAGUGAAUGACAGCUUAUAUUACGAGCCGUUAGAAGUGACAGAUCCUGCUAGGAACCUGGGUUAUAUGAAGAUCAACAGCAUCCAGGUCUUUGGCUACAGCAUGCACUUUGAUCCGGAGGCGAUCCGUGACUUGAUCUUGCAGCUGGACUACCCGUACACCCAAGGGUCCCAGGACACUGCCAUGCUUCAGCUGAUGGAAAUUCGAGACCGGGUGAACCGGCUGUCCCCUCCUGGUCAACAGAGGUUGGACCUGUUUGCUUGUCUUCUGCGCCACCGGCUCAAAAUGACUGCAAGCGAGGUGGUUCGCAUCCAUGUCACCUUACAGGCUUUCAGCUCACGUCUGCCCAACACAAUGGAUUACGAGACCACCAAGUUAUGCAGUUAACAGAUACUUGAGGGAUGUUGGGACUGUACACAGCCUCAAGGAGAACUCCUGGACUUAUGAAGUGCCCGUGGGGUGGAGAUGCUUACGGGUGUUUUCUAUGGAUUACCAAACUGUAGGGUAAAUCAGGAGAGAACCGACUGUGGACAGCUGAAGAUUGUACUUAUUGGGUUGUUUUGGUUUCUGUUUUGUGGCAACCUUUUUCAGUGCUAUAUGAUUGAGUAUGAGGUGGAUCACCGAGAAAACGCACAAGAACAAACUCUUUAACACAAUAAUUCUUCAUUACAAAUUCCAAUUCAUAAAAGUUGAACCAUCCUGUUUCAAUAUGACUCUGCUCAUUUCUACUGCAACUACCAGUGCCAAAUGAAUGGACAUUUUAUGGUAAAAUUAAAAUAGUACUGUCUGUUUGUUUGUAACUUUUAUAUGUUAUUUUGCUUUAGUGACAGUGUACUUUCCAUGAAGACAAGAAUACAGUGGUGUAAGUCAAUAUUUUGUAGAUAAAUUGAUAUUAAAACAUCAUGUUAUAACAAA